AUGAUUCGCAUUUCGACAUUGGCGAAAUCGUUAAACUUUAUCACUACCAUCUCAUCAAAAAUAUUAAAAAAGACCUUCUCUUCGGGUAGACGUAUACCCUCACCCGCAGCCGCCACUGGGGUCAUUAAUACUAACAGAUUUUCAUUAUCUUUCACCAGCAACACCGCCAAAAAAUCCCGUCUCCUUCCAAUUUCCAAUAACCUCUUCUCUUCAUCAUCUCCAAUCUCCUUAUUUAAUAAUGAUCUGAUAUCAUCAUCUUUUCUACUUAAUCCGAACUACAAUUUUGGUGUCACUCAAAUUCGCAGUGUCACUUGGCAUCCUCCAAAGAGACCGAGGAAGAAGGCGGCAUUGGUGCGCAGGCUAAACGUAAACGACUACGAAGAAAUUGUUUUAAAGGGAGAAAAUGAUCUUAUUAAUAGUCACGUGGGUAAUAAAAAAGAGGAUGCAGCACCACGUUUUACCAAUCAUCCAAUGCCACCACACAUUAUUUCAAUAUUCAAAAAAUAUUUUAAAACCCAAGAUUACCAACCUGUAGUGCUUCAAUUUCCGAUACAUGGAGCCAAACCGUCAAAAAAAGAAACAGAACCGGCAAAUCCGCCUGGAGAAGACGUAGAACUUAGUGCAGAGUUAAUUGACAAUCCGUUCAGUUUGGUAGUCAACGGGCAGCAAACAAAACUACGAGUCACCUUCAACAACAAAGGACAAGAAAACUACACGGUCAGAUUUGUGGCGGGAGCAUUGACCAAUCCUGAAAACGCGACCGAGAUAUUCACCCGAUUUCCAGCCGUGCAAUAUGAUUACCCCGUUCCAACAAUGGACCAUGCGGAACUAGAAUACAGAUUUUAUUCAGAAUUCAGUCCACAAGAUUUAGAUUUGGUGAUUUUUGUGAUUUUUACUAACGAUGAAAAAAGGACUCGGUUUGAAGGCAUUGCGUACAAUUCUACGAUUCAUAUUGUUGAACCAGAACAAUCCAUUUUUGAUUUACAAUUACUCUUCUUAUACUUGAUCCUAGCCGGCAUCAUCGGUGGAGUUGGGUACUUGAUCUUCCAAGCAUUCUUUGGCGGUUUAAAAUCAAAGAAAAAUCAGAAGUUGCGCGAGCAAAAAAUAGCCGAAAAACAAGCAGCACAAGCGUCCAUCGAACUAACAACCUACGAUGAAAAUUGGAUCCCAGCGCAUCAUUUGAAAAAACCGAAAAAUAAAAAGAAGGAAGAUAAAGCUGAUUAA